AUGUUGCUGAAAGUUAAUAUAAUUUUGGCCUUAGUGGGUUUUAGUUUAUGUGCGACGUGGCAAGGUUAUCCGCCACCGAUACCUAAAGAAUUUGAGGGUAAAGAAGGCUGUUAUGUUAAAGAAAUUAAUGAUGUAGUACCAUUUGGAGUAACCGUCAAACCCAUCGGACAUUGCUACAGAAUCACUUGUGGUUCCAUGAUGAGUUAUGCUUCAUGUGGCACUGUUGCAACGAAUGAUCCCAAAUGUUACAAAACAGAGGUGGAUUUGAGCAAGCCGUAUCCAGAAUGUUGUCCAACUAUCAAAUGUGACACUGAUAACCAUAUUUGA